AUGGAGAGUACCAUCCCUUUCCACAAAGAGUCUUGCCCGUUGACCGGAACCAAAGAUAUUCUCGAGUUUAUGGGGGUGACCUUAUGUUGUAGCAACGAGGAUAAACGUCAGGAACGUGGAAGGACAUUGCAAGAAGCAAACAUGUAUAGAUUUUUAUUCCUGACUCGAAAUUUUUCUGUCAGUGUCUAUGAGUCGUGUGUGUGGCUAGCUAAAUGUGACAAGACCGCAACUACAGUUUUGAGGGUUGCCAAUGGAGGUGGAGUCAGAGCGCUCAACACAAGUUCAGUCAGACUCUGUGAAAAGAAUAAUGAAGUUGCCGCCUCAAAUCAAGAUGACAAAACAAAUGCAGAUAAAGAGGCUGACCCAACAGAAAGUCCGGCUUUCCUUACACAGAAAGUUGAAGAUGACAGCAAAGUCAUCAAGAUGGCUGAACAAAGUGAGGAACCAGUGGUGUUAAAGGCAGAUGAUGAAAGUGCCGCGCAGCAGCAGAUUGAUGUUAAAACCGAAUAUGUUGCAGCACCACCAAAACAAGUGAGGACUGGUGCAGGUAAGAGUGGGAAAGAGAGUCUCCUUGAGCUUCUUGGAGCCAUGAAGGUGGAAGUAACUAAUAAGAAGAAGCUCAAAACCUUGAAAGCACAGCAAAGUUUGGAGUCUAAACCCACGUCAAAGCCAGCAGCUAUGGAGAGCACCAUCAGUAUGUUUCAGCAGGCUACAGCAGAGGCUUCAUCACAGAGUGAGACACUGAAUCCUGAACUGGUUGCAGCUGCAUCUGCUGCUGCCUCCACCCUGCCCAACAGCAGCCAGGCAGAGUCUGAGCUGCUCAAGCAGCUGAGGCAGCACGAAGCUGUCACCGAUGCUCAGAAGAAAGGCGACAUGAACAGCCUCGGAGUAAUUAUUGCUGACAUGAAAGUAGGGAAAAAAACAAACCGAUACACAAGUUCGCCGGUGGAUCAGAUCAAGUUUGAUGAAGAUGGACAAGGAUACACGCGUGAAAUAGGAACCGCUCGUGAUCAGGAAAGAGUUUGGAGAAGGAAGAAAUUGUUCUCAGACAAAAGGCUAAACAUCUUUUCCGGUACUACUGAUGAAGGAGUUGAAUCAGCAGUUGCCCGGCCAACUCUAUGGGACAUGGAGUUUGCUCAUCAGUUGUCUCUGUCAACCAACCAAAUGCCAUGCAACAUCCUUGAGGAAAUGAUCCAGUGGACCAAAGAGGGGAAAAUGUGGCAGUACCCAAUCAACAAUGAAGCUGGCCUGGAGGAGGAAGCCAGUGUCUCCUUCUAUGAACACGUCUUCUUAUCGAAACACUUGGAGGAGGGUUUCCCCCAUCAGGGACCAGUGCGUCACUUCAUGGAGCUUGUGGUUGUCGGUCUGUCCAGAAACCCUUAUCUUACAGUCCAGCAGAAGAAGGAACACAUUUCCUGGUUCAGAGACUACUUCCAGCAAAAAGAGGAAGUCCUCAAGGAGGCAGACGUUUACCUGAACUAAGCUUAAGACAAUUAGAUAUGUUUUGUGGUCUCACAAAAAUAAGUCCUUUUUACUCAGCAGGGCUUUGCAGCUGUGAUCAUCUUUAUCCAUGUGGUUCAACAAGUUCCAUAGAAGCUCAGCUUGGUUUUUCCUGUUCGAGUGGACUGGCAUCAAGUCUGUGUCCCGGUGUCAAACAUUGCACAGUAUCUACUGUUCUAGAAUGUUUGUCAGAUGAUAGAAUCACUGUUUAAUCACCACAGAGUUGCCACAAUGUGUGGAGAGAAAGUGAAAUGUUGCUUUACAAGUGCAUGUACAAAGUGUACAAACAAUAUAAAGCAGCAAAAGUACAGUCAUGGAUUUUUUUGCUUACUAAGUUUUCUGCCAGUUACACACACUACCACUGAUUAUUUGUUCACACAGGCAAUUAAUGACAAUGUGUCACUAGUGUUGUGACACACUUGCAGGAAAAGAGAUUGGAUUAGAUAUACUGGUUAAUUUAUUGAUAUGAAAAGUUUUUUAUUCUCUCAAGACAUGUUUGCGGAUUAGAUGCAUUUAAGAAAACAACAGUGAGUGUGAGGCAGGAUUGAUUGUGACAGAACUUCACAUUCAAAGAAAAUAGGUUGAUGAAAAUAUUUUUAUACUGUUUUUGUGUCAAAGAUCAUACAAACACCUGUGAUCAUGAUUAAUGGUGUUUUCCCAGGCAGGUCGUGGAAAAAGUAUAAACUGUGUGCAGCAUCUAGGAUCUUAGAUCAGGUUUACAGUAGGAGCAUAAUGAGACCUUGAACCUUGUGCCCUUUGCAAGGGAAGUGCUUUUAAAGCUAAAAACAUGGUAACAAUGUAGCACACAGAUUCCUUCUGGUCUAAAAACACCCUCUGCCAUCUAUUGUCUGAGAAAGUGUGGAAAGUGAGAGCUUGGCAUUUGAAAGUGCCUCAUUUCCACAUUUUGUUCACUUUUCCCUAAACACAGUUGAGAUUGGCAUGAUAAGAUGUUGGCAAUCAAACUUUAAGUUUUAUGUGCAUGGACCAUAUAAGGUGCAAAAAAGUGUUUGUGUGUAAAGGCACCAGGUUCCGUUCAGAGAUUUCUUAUAUGCAAAUAACCCACUAGAUGGCACCACUGACAGCUGUCGUUCCAUAUAAAGUUAGAAUUAUGUUUAUAACAAGGCUGGGACCCAGAUAUUUAGAUCAGAAUAAAUUCCCUCUGCAGUGCAGUGACAUGUGCUGGAUUAAAUAUUUUAAACAGCAUGAUAAAACUGGCUGUGACAAACCGAUAAAGUGUUGUCAUAACAUUUUGUGAAGUAAUGACAGCGUUUUGGACAUUAACAUCAUAAGUAACUAGCCAAAAUCACCCAACUGAUGGCUGGACUGUUUAUGAAAUCAGAACAUUUGAGGGAAAUACCCAACUACACAAUAUAAAUAAGUCACUCCUCUGAUUAAAAAAAAAAAAAAAAUAGCGCGCCUCUAAAGAGUUUUUACUAUGAAAACCACACUGGACAAGGAGACCUAGUCAGAGAAACUGUUCUCUCUGGUGGCCAGAUGGAUCCAGCCUCUGUCAAAACAUGUUGGAAAUACAGGAGAAGUAACUGACCCAAGAGUUUGCAAAGUGAGAGGUCUGGUGGGGCUAAAAGAACGC